AUGCAACAUCCAUUAUCCAACAUCCAUUAUCCAACAUCCAUUAUCCAACAUCCAUUAUCCAACAUCCAUUAUCCAACAUCCAUUAUCCAACAUCCAUUAUCCAACAUCCAUUAUGCAACAUCCAUUAUCCAACAUCCAUUAUGCAACAUCCAUUAUCCAACAUCCAUUAUGCAACAUCCAUUAUCCAACAUCCAUUAUGCAACAUCCAUUAUCCAACAUCCAUUAUGCAACAUCCAUUAUCCAACAUCCAUUAUCCAACAUCCAUUAUCCAACAUCCAUUAUCCAACAUCCAUUAUCCAACAUCCAUUAUCCAACAUCCAUUAUCCAACAUCCAUUAUGCAACAUCCAUUAUCCAACAUCCAUUAUGCAACAUCCAUUAUCCAACAUCCAUUAUGCAACAUCCAUUAUCCAACAUCCAUUAUGCAACAUCCAUUAUCCAACAUCCAUUAUGCAACAUCCAUUAUCCAACAUCCAUUAUGCAACAUCCAUUAUCCAACAUCCAUUAUCCAACAUCCAUUAUCCAACAUUCAUUAUCCAACAUUCAUUAUCCAACAUCCAUUAUCCAACAUCCAUUAUCCAACAUCCAUUAUCCAACAUCCAUUAUGCAACUGA